UGGCAGCAUCAGACUCGCCUGCUGCCCUCACGAGGACAGUCAGCGCACGGCGGUGUGGUGGAAGAUGGCGCUAGCCGAAUGGAAAUCCUAAUGACUGUCUCAAAAUUUGCCUCUUUUUGUACCAUGGGCGCCAAUGCCUCUGCUCUAGAGAAAGAGAUUGGAUCUGAGCAGUUUCCGGUCAAUGAGCACUACUUCGGCCUGGUCAAUUUUGGGAACACCUGCUACUGCAACUCGGUGCUGCAGGCUCUGUACUUCUGCCGCCCAUUUCGGGAAAAGAUUCUGGCGUACCGCAGUCAGCCACGACGGAAGGAGAACCUGCUCACCUGUCUGGCCGACCUUUUCCACAGUAUUGCCAACCAAAAGAGGAAAGUGGGCGUCAUUCCACCCAAGAAGUUCAUCACUCGACUACGCAAGGAGAACGAGUUGUUUGACAACUACAUGCAACAGGAUGCCCACGAAUUCCUGAACUACCUUCUGAACACCAUUGCUGAUCUGCUACAAGAGGAGAGGAAGCAGGAGAAGACCAACGGCCGUCUCGCCAAUGGCACGCUCGACUCCCAGAACAACAACAGCAAUGCUACUCCUGCUCCCACCUGGGUCCACGAGAUCUUCCAAGGCACUCUGACCAAUGAAACCCGCUGCCUCACCUGCGAAACGAUAAGCAGCAAAGAUGAGGACUUUCUGGACCUUUCUGUGGAUGUAGAACAGAAUACCUCCAUCACACACUGCCUCAGAGGUUUCAGUAACACGGAGACACUGUGCAGUGAGUACAAAUACUACUGUGAAGAAUGUAGAAGCAAGCAGGAGGCGCACAAGAGGAUGCGCGUAAAGAAGCUGCCAAUGAUCCUGGCUCUGCACCUCAAGCGCUUCAAGUACAUGGAGCAGCUGCAGCGCUACACCAAGCUGUCCUAUCGCGUUGUCUUCCCCCUGGAGCUCCGCCUCUUCAACACCUCCGGGGACGCCACCAACCCGGAGAGGCUCUACGAUCUGGUUGCUGUGGUGGUGCAUUGUGGGAGUGGUCCAAACAGGGGUCACUACAUCGCCAUUGUGAAAAGUCACGACUUCUGGUUGCUGUUUGAUGACGAUAUUGUCGAGAAAAUCGACGCGCAGGCCAUAGAGGAAUUCUACGGUCUCACUUCUGAAAUCUCCAAGAACUCUGAGUCGGGCUACAUCCUCUUUUACCAGUCCAGAGACUAAAAGUGGAUUGGCCACAGAAACCAGGAGAAAUACACUGUUCCCCCUUCUCUCUCUCUCUCUCUCUCUCUGUGUGUGUGUGGGGGCCUGGGGGGGACCUUAAACGCACCAUAGCGGCCCCAUAUGGUGUCACACUCGCUUGCACAGCUGUAAUCCAUACCUGUGCUUUUUAACGCACUCCUGCGCCGCAGCUCAGCCGUGGAAGUUCCGCCUAUGUACCAGCUGUUCCUCCUGGCCUCUGUGGUCCUUCCUGUCCCCCGUCAUGCCCCCCUGUCACUUUGGCUGGACGCUGCUGCCUCUGCUGCUGCAGGGACAAUGAGACGAUUGUGAAUGAAAACUGUCAAGAUUGUUUAAAAAAAAGAAAAUAAGAUAGAAAAAAGAAAAGAAAAAGACGUUGAAUGAGGGUUGUACAGAUGUUGGUUGGUAUGAGUGGUGUAUUAGUUUUUGCUUUGGGUGUGGGGUUGAAUGGGUAUUUAAUAAUUCAUAUGUAAUAUUGGCCUGGUG